AUGUCUUGGUUCCGGAAAGAGGCAAAUGUGUACCAGGAUGAUCCAGUGGCUACAAACAAACCAGGGAGGAAAGUGCAGAAGAGGACCCAGGGCCGAUUCUUCCUCCUCGGGAGCUUCCAGACGAACAACUGUUCCCUGAGCAUAAGGGAUGUCAACAUGGCAGACAGUGGGACGUAUGUUUUUCGAAUAGAGAACUAUUUUUCUGAAGGACACACAUACAGAGACAAGAUGCUGUCUCUGAAGGUGACAGGCUUGACCCAGUCACCCACCAUCCACAUCCCAGUAAUCUUGAAGUCUGGCCACCCCGGGAAUCUGACCUGCUCUGUGCCCUGGGCCUGUGAGCAGGGGACACCUCCCAUCUUCUUCUGGAACUUAGCUGCCCUCACCUCCAUGGGCCCUAGGACCUCCACCUCCUCAACGCUCACCCUCUUCCCAAGACCGCAGGACCAUGGCAGCAACCUCACCUGUCAGGUGACCUUCCCUGCAGUUGGUGUGACCAUUAAGAGGACAGUCCAGCUCAAUGUCGUCUAUGCUCCACAGAACAUGGUCAUCAGCAUCUUCCAAGGAAACAACACAGUCCUCAGGAUCGUGGGAAAUGCCUCAUCUCUUACCAUCCUGGAGGGCCAGUCUCUGCGUCUGCAUUGUACUGCUGACAGUAACCCCCCGGCAAGGCUGACCUGGUUCCGGGGAUUCCAAACCCUGAACACCUCCCUCUUCUCCAACCUUGGAUACGUGGAGCUGCCUCAAGUAGGGACUGAAAAAGAAGGAGUGUUCACUUGUCAAGCUGAAAAUGAACUGGGCUCCCAGCAGGUUCUUCUGAAUCUCUCUGUUCACAGGGAUCCAGAACCCAGAUUAUAUUCAGAGGUUCUGGGAGCUGUUGGGGGAGCUGUUGGGGGAGCUGGCAUCAUGACUCUCCUUUGUCUCUGCAUUUUACUUGUCUUCAGGUGA